AUGGCGACAUCGAUCGACGACCUCAAGACCACCAUGGACAUGAUGGCGCAGCAGCUCGCCGGUGUCCAAGACUUGGCGAAGCAGUUUGAGAAGAUGAUGACGAUGACUCUCGACAAGCUGAAUGAUCUGGAGGCGUGGCGUUCGAUCGCAGAGACGUCCAUGGGAUCCAUGAUGCAGCAAUCAAAGGAGACGAUGAUGCGGUUGAGGCAGUUGGAGACCUUGACACAGAGUGGCUCCGUGGCAGAUUAUCAGGCCCAAUUCGAGAAGCUGGCCCAUGAAAUUCUUCUCUAUAACCCUGCUUAUGAUUAUGUCUACUUUGUCAAGCGGUUUCUGGCAGGACUCAAGGAAGAAAUCAGAGCGCCCAUAGCUCUGCACAGGCCACGUGAUGUUGAGACCGUGAGUGCUUUGGCAUUGUUGCAAGAAGAAGAACUGAGCGCUGCCAAGCAUAAACCCUUUGGGCGGGGCUUCACCAAAGGGUUGGCCAGAGCAACGACUGAGAAGGUUGGUGCAGGGGGACAGGGACUAUCCAGGUUGAAAUGUAGAUUACGGUGCUCUCAGCUGCAGCUCUCUACUAAUUCAGUCCAUAAUAAGAAAGAGAAGGACAAAUAUUCUUGUUUUGAUCAGUCAACAUCAUAUCUACAUGUACAAUCUCUUAGGGACUUUCCGACUGAAAAACUUUCUGGAGAGGUAGUUGUGGUGCGUCUUGAUUCUUCACUUAUCUUGGGGCACUUAGGACCAUGCACUUCCUCACUUGAAAGAGCUUUGCUAACUAUCAAAUACUUGUGCAAAGCAAGAGCGAAAGUGGUCAUAGCCACCAGCUGGGAUACAAUUUUUCAGUCUGAUAAUCCAGUGAUUGAAUCAGUUGGCUCUUUUGCAGAGUACUUGUCAUCACUUCUUCAAGUAGAAGUCAUCCCAGUAGAUGGUGAGCCUGGUUUAACAUCAUUUAAGCAAGAAGAGUGGGCUCAGAACAGUAUUAUUUUGUUUGAAAAUCUUGUGAACUUCAGAGGAGAAGUUGCUAAUUGCAAAGAUUUUUCUCAGAAGCUAGCUUCAGGUGCCACGAUAUUUGUCAAUGAUUCUUUCUCAUUGUCUCAUAAGAUUCUUGCAUCAACGGUUGGUAUCACGUGCUUCUGCUAUGCGUCUCUUGCUGGUUUCCAUUUUGAGGAGGAGCUUAUGCAAUUGAUAAAGAUCACGGACACCACGAGGCGCCCAUAUAUUGCCAUUAUCGGAGGCAGUAACUUCUUGAGAAAAGCACCCGCUCUUCAGAUGUUAACCUCUCUAUGUGAUGGGUUGUUCUUUGUUGGAAAAUUAUCAUUUCAAAUAAUGAACGGGCUUGGAAUGACAGUGCCCUCUCAAUUCAUAGAAAGAAAUGCAGUUAAGGAAGUACUACAGAUUAUUCAAGUUGCUAGGGAUCGGAAUGUUCCUAUUUAUUAUCCAACAGAUCUCUGGUGCUUGAAAAAUGAUGGCAGUAAAACAUUGGGAGUAAUCAGCUCUAAUGGACAAUUGGCUGGCUGGACACCAGUUGAUAUAGGACCAUCAACAUUGGAGAAAAUUUCUUCUAUAAUUCCAUCAUAUGAGAAGAUACUGUGGAUUGGCCCUACAAACUACGAUUUAACAGAAACAUUUUCAGUUGGUGGAACACAGUUGGGUGAAAUACUGGAAAAGGCAACCGAUAGCUGUGAUGUUGUUUUAGUGGGCAGUGCAGCAUGCAAGGAAAUAAAAAGAAAAACAGAUUCCUCAUCUCAAUAUACAGAAUUUCAAAAUGCCACUGUUGUUUGGGAAUUCCUCAAAGGAAGGAUAUUGCCUGGUAUAGCAGCAUUGGAUAAAUGCUACCCCUACCGGAUUCCAUGGAGCACUGUCUUCUGUGAACCUACACUACCUUUAGUGGUUGAUAUUGGAAGUGGAAAUGGUUUGUUUCUUUUUCAAAUGGCUAAAAGCUGUGAAAGUUCAAAUUUCCUUGGGCUUGAGAUGAACGAAAAGCUUGUUAUAAGGUGCCUCCAAGGUAUGGCUUCAGAUGAGAAAAGGAACUUAUAUUUUGUGUCAACAAAUGCAACGUCCACAUUCCGUUCCAUAGUUUCAAGUUAUCCUGGACAGUUGACUCUUGUCACAAUACAGUGCCCAAAUCCUGACUUCAACAAAGAGCAAAAUAGGUGGAGAAUGGUGCGACGAAUGCUCGUUGAAGCUGUCGUCGACCUUCUUCAUACCAAUGGACAGGUUUAUCUGCAGUCAGACGUGGAGUCCGUUCUGCUCGUGAUGAAAGAGCAGUUCCUCUCCUACAGCAAGGGUCAGCUUGUCACGGACGGCGAUGGUGACCACCGGAUCGAUAACCCGUUUGGCGUGGUGUCUGACUGGGAGCGCCAUGUCCUCGCUCGUGGAGCUCCCAUGUACAGGACGAUGCUAAAGAAAAUCUGA